AUGGAGAAGGGGGUUGCAUCCUCUAAAGGAGAGGGCUUCCUCUCCAGGAUGGCCCUCAAUGACAACAAGGCUGGUAUGGAGGGUCUUGACAGGGACAGGAUCAACAAGAUCAUAAUGACGUCGUCAAAGGGGUCUAGGUUUUAUGAGAACGAGUUGAAGAGAGAGCAGCAGGUGAACCAGCGCAUUGAGAAAAUGAUGCUACAAAAAGCACAGAUCACAGAACAACAGUUAAAUAAAGCACAGGCUCAGGUUGAACAGAUGGUUGCAGAGCUAGAGAGAAGUCGUGAUCUCAGCCAUCUGAUUGUACAUGUGGAUAUGGAUGCUUUCUACGCUGCUGUGGAGAUGAGGGACUGUCCUGAGCUGAAGGACAAGCCCAUGGCUGUAGGGUCCAUGAGCAUGCUGUCAACAUCGAACUACCAUGCCAGGAAGUUCGGGGUCCGAGCCGCCAUGCCUGGCUUCAUUGCAAAGAAACUCUGCCCCAACUUAAUUAUUGUUCCAACCAACUUUGACAAAUACAGAGCUGUGAGUGAAGAGAUCCGUGAGAUUUUUGCAGACUAUGACCCUCAGUUCCAGCCGAUGAGCCUGGAUGAAGCCUAUCUGGAUUUCGCAGAGCACCUGGAACAGAGGCAGAGCUGGCCUGAAUCCUCACGAACACAUCGCUUCCGCACCAGCAGCAUCACUAAAGGUGAAGAUCAGAUGGAUGUUUCCCUGGAGCCAGAGCAGAGGGACCUCUCUCCGGUCCUGUUUGAGGACAGCCCGAGCUCCUCGCCCUGCUCCCCGGGCUCUGAAGCUGACGGUGCUUCUGGUGGUGCGUUUGAGGUGUUUGGGACAUCUAUUGAGGAAGCUGUGAGAGAGAUGCGCUUCAGAAUUGAGCAGAAGACCACGCUGACCGCCAGUGCAGGAAUUGCUCCAAACACGAUGAUUGCCAAGGUGUGCAGUGACAAGAACAAGCCAAACGGCCAAUACAGACUCCCCUCCACCAGAGAGGCAGUCAUGGACUUCAUCCAGCGUCUCCCAGUUCGCAAAGUUUCUGGCAUAGGAAAGGUGAGUGAGAAGAUGCUGAACGCUCUGGGCGUCAGCAGCUGUUCUCAUCUGGGCCAGCAGAUGGCGUUGCUGUCGAUGUUGUUCUCGGAGACGGCCUGGCAUCAUCUAUUGGAGGUUUCCCUGGGUCUGGGCUCUACACAUAUACAGAGGCAAGAAGAAAGAAAAAGCAUGAGCACAGAAAGGACAUUUAAGGAACUUAGUAAAGCCGAGGAGCAGUUUUCUUUAUGCAAAGAGCUCUGUGAAGACUUAGCAGGAGACAUGAAGAAAGAAGGUCUAAAGGGUAAAACAGUCACACUGAAGCUGAAGAAUGUCAACUUUGAGGUGAAAUCCCGGGCCCUCACUCUGUCGUACGGUGUGUCUACAGUGGAUGAGAUCUUUGCUGCUGCUAAGGACCUCCUGAAAACAGAAAUCGACAAUGAGGGACCCCAGCCGCUCCGCUUGAGGCUCAUGGGUGUGAGAAUCUCCGCCUUUGUCAGUUCGGAUGAUAAAAAUCCGCUGCAGAGAAGCAUCAUUGGCUUUCUUCAGCAAGGCAAGACAGACUCUUCCCAAGGAAUGCAUCAGAGACAAGAGGGAGUUACCUGGGGGAGGGGCUUAGAGACCGGUGAGGAACCCAAACAGUCUUUCUUCCAAAGGGCUCAGGCCAAGAGACUGCGACUCCAGGAAGAAAAUGCAAGUACUCAAGAGGAAGGACAUGGGGAAAAUGCUUCUGUGAUUACUUCCAUAGGCACUGAUGCUGAAGAGGGUGUAGGAUCAUCAACAAAAGCACACAACAGUCCCUGUACAGCCUCAGAUCUCCAGGAGAAAGACCUGGUCCCUCUCGUAGAGGCUUCCACAUCAGGCUGUGGCCUUACAGUGUCCGAGAGCCUCACCUGUCCCGUGUGUUUCGGGCAAGUGGAGACCACGGAUUUGAAUGUUUUCAACAAACAUAUAGACCAGUGUCUCAGCGGUGCCUCUAGAAAGCCAAACCACUAUACAAUCUCUGACACAGAGUCAGAGUUGGACCUAGAGAGUGACCACAAGGAAUGUGAAGUGAUGCAGUCGAACAGAGAUGAUCUUCAGGAACACAGCUUGGAUUCUCUUCAAACGGUUUUGUUGAUCAGUGAUGACAACGAAACGCUGACCUCAGGACAGCCUCAGUCAUGUGACGAUAACGGCCCCGUCCUCAUCUGCCCAGUGUGUCAGCUGACUCAGGAUAGUGAUGACCUCACUGUCUUUAACCGCCACGUUGACCUUUGCCUGAACCAGGAGGUCCUACACGAGCUUCGGGGGCACACAUCAUCUCCCAUAAAUCCACCCUCAGCUAUAAAUAGCAAGGCCAUAGACCGAGCCCGUCUCCUGUCAACACAAGCAAGUAAAGGCAAAACCAAAAGACGGGACUCGCCGUCUUCCCCUCCUUCUAAAAAGGCUAAAAGACUCGGCCCUCACACCAUCGACAAGUUCUUCAGGUGAUGCAUGGUGUCCAAGUUUUCUUCAGGAAAUGAAAAGCCUGUUCCACAGGGAAGGUUUCCAUUGAACACAAAGCCAUAUUCAAUGUUUAAAAAGAGAACUGUAAAUCUAUGGGAUGAAUGAAGCUAAGCAUUUGCACUGAUAUGCCUUAUUUGCUUUUUAUAAGCCAUAACUAGACAAGAAUGUAAAGAUGACAAGAGACAAAUGUUUUAAGUCUUGAACAUUAAUAUAAAUAUAUAUGCACAAUUCAUUGUCUAUUCUUGUUACCACUGAAGAUAAGUGUAAUGUUUUUGCAAAGUGGAUCAUGAAGUUAUUUAUUACAUGCUGAGGGGACAGUUAGUUUUUAUUUUAUAUUCAGAAACUUAUCUUAUUCAUAUAUUUUCAUUUCCAAUUGUAUUUAUUUCAUUUUCCAAUGAUCAUACAUGUUUAAAAAUGAAGAUAAGAGAAUCCUUCUAUCAUGUUUAUUGAAAUAAACUACUCUUCUGAUGAAAUGU